AGCCCCGUCCAACAUGGCGGAGGUCCGACUGCGUUCCGGGAGGGGAGCGUACAACUUUGCCCAAAGUCGAUACCGCCUUGAAAGUCGUGUCAAACAAAGUAAACACGCAGCACAAGCUUCGUCUCCAUCGGCGGAGUUUAUUCUCGGCGACAUUCAAAGUGGAGAACUACGGGGAGCCGGAAGUGCAGCUUCACGGGAGAGUUACAUAACGAGGACACCGCUGUCAGGUCAUGUUGACAAUGCCCUCGGCAAAGAGUGCUGCCUCUAUAAAAAGCUGCAGAUUCAAAGCAUAGCGACGUGUCUCCCUCCGUACCGGAUCAACGGCAGCUUCCGGUGUACCGUUUGGUCCGCUCGUCCACAGCAGCGCCCCGGGUUGUGUUUAGGACCGGCACCGGGACCGGUGGUGUUCAUCAGAGCUUACAGCGACAACGGAGCGCGACUGGAGCCCCUUUACAAAACCAAAACGGGCUACUAUGACACCCUGGAGGUGUCGCCCACUGCCAAUCAAACGCAGAUAAAAGCCGCCUACUUCAAGCAGUCCUUCGUCUACCACCCGGACAGAAACGCCGGCAGCGAGCACGCCAAGGUCCGCUUCUUCGAGAUCAGCGAGGCCUACACGGUGCUCGGCAACAAGGCGCUGAGGAAGAAGUACGACCGGGGCGUGCUGAGUCCGUCGGAACUCAUCGCCACCGCCAAGCCCGCCGCCAAGGACACCGGGGGCUCCUCCGGAGAGCAACCCGGAACCCGACCGUCCGCGGUGGGCGCAGACAGACGGCAGGUGCUCUUUGAUUUCGACAAGUUCAUCAAGGCCCACUACAGCGAGCAGCUGCAGAGGCAGCAUGACGCCCGGCUCCACAAGGAGGAGAUGCUGAAGAGGAAGGCGGAGACGGGGGUGGACACGGCGACCACGUUCAUGGUGAUGGGGGUGAUGGUGCUGAUGGCGACGGCCUUGGGUGUCGCCACAGGUUUGAAGUGAGGAUAUUGCAAGUGAAAUAGGAUUACGCUGUUUUUGUGAACCGCUGCAAAUCAAAGACCGGAAAGUGUAUGGAUGUGUGUUCUCAGGACUAACUGUAAUCUGUAAUCUGUCUGAACAAUGCAACUUCCAGCAGAGCAGUGGGGAUAACUAGUCCUGGCUAUACCUUAUUUAAAUCAGUGUUGCUAUUGAACCAUGUAGCAAUGUAAGGGAUGUGUAUAUUAGUCAUACAUUGAGUCUUAUUUUCAUUAUGAAAGGUGCCUUUAUUUAUUUUAAACAUCCACAUUGUUCAGAUAUUUAAUUAAUAAAUGAGUUGAUUGGUGCCUGGCGGAGCAGUAAACAAA